AUGACAACAUCCGAUGAUGAAGAACCUCGUAUUCAGAUAGCUAAAUUACGUUCAGCUAAUAAACAAGCAGCUGAAUAUGGUUUGGCACUGCUGAAUGAAAAAAGUCAGUUAGAAGUACAAUAUGAAGAACUACAAAAUCAACAUGAAAUACUUAAAACUGAAUUACAACAAUUAAAAAUUCAAUUAAAAAUUAUACAAGCUAAUCAACGUGAAGAAACGUUAAAAGUUGAAACAGAUGAAGAAACAUUAUUAAAUGAAAAACAAACACGUGAAGAUUAUUUAAUGAAAGAAAUACAACGUAAUGAAUAUGAAUUACGUUUCUUAAAACAAGAUCAUGAACGUUUACAUAAUGAAAAUGAAAAAAUUCUUUUAAAAUCUCAAGAAUUUACUGAACGUAUACAAGAAUUAGAUGAGUUACAACUUAAAUUAAAAUAUGAUUUAAAACAAAGUAAACGACAAGAACAAAGACUUCUAGAUGCUAAUGCAGAAUUAGAAGAAGAUAAUGUUGCAUUACAACAACAAGUACAAAGAUUAAGAGAAAAUCUUAUUGAUUACGAUGGAUUAAAAGUUGAAAAUAAACAUUUACAAGAAAAUAUAGAUGACUUGCAUCGAAUGAUGAAAGAACUUGAAUCAUUAAAAGCUAUAUCUGAAUCACAAUUAAUCGAAUUACAUAAUACUCUUCGUGAUGAACGAGAACAAAAACGAAUUUACAAACAACAAUUAGAUAAUCGAAUACAACAAGAAUCGCUUCGUAAUUUGGAUUCAAUUCGUAUGACAUUAAAUGCUGCACAUACAAAUCCAUCGGAUGAUUAUCUAUUUAAUUGUGAAGAUGAUGAUAUUGAAGAUGAUGAUAUAAGUCAUGUUCCAUCACCAAAUGAUAUUUUAGAAAAUGAUCAACAACCAGUUGUUAAUCUAUUCAAUGAAAUUCAUGGUAAUGAAAUUCGUAAAUUAGAACUUGAAUGUUUACAAUUAUCACAAAUAAAAUCUUCACUUGAUAAUCAAUUAUUAACAAUAAAUGAAAAAACUAAAAUUCUUUCACAUAAAAUUCAACAUAUGAUUGAAAUUAUUAUUCCAAAUAAAAUUUCAUUAAAUCAAAUUAAUUCUGAUGAUACAAAUAAUCUUUUAAUAACAUCACUUGAUUCAAUUGAACAAAUUGAUGGUAUUAUUAAUAAAAAUAUUCAUUUAUUUAAUGGUGAUCAAGAAUUAUUUAAGAAAAAAUCUGAUGAACAAGAACAUACAAUAUUUAAAUUAAAACAAGAUCUUAAUAUUAUGAUGAAACAAUGUAAUGAUACACAAACAACGCUUAUUAAAACUCAUGAUAAUUUAGUAAGAAAACAAAUAUAUAAAGGUGAAGGAAAGACAGUGGUGCUAAACACUUUGGCAGAAGCACAAACUCAAAUGAGAAUGAAAAAUAAUUUGUGUACAUUAAAUCCAAAAGCAUUAAGUGUUAUUGAAUUAUAUGGUACACUUGAUCCAUUGACACAUAUGAAAAAUAAUUCAAGUCAAUUAUUAAUUUGGUUAAAAGCAUUUAAGAACAGUUGGUUAUUAGAAAAUAUUCCAAAUGAUAUUCAUACAGUUGAUUUAAUUAAAACUAAAAUUCUUGAACUUGAACAAUUAAUAAGCGAAAAUAAUGACGAUGAAGAAGAAUAUCAUCGUGCAAAAUUACUUAAUGAUGAUAGUUCAAGUAAUAGUGAUACUGAACAAAUAGCUAUUGCUUCAACAUCAACACAUGAAACAUUACCAAUAUCAUCGGAUAUACAUUUUCAAUUAGAUAAUGAAACUGAAGAAGAACAAUCAAAACGAAUUUUAUUAGAACAAAGUGAUAAUAGUCAAAGUCAAAAUGAUAAAUUGUCAUCAUCGGAUGAUGAUGAUGUUUUCUUACUAAGACCAAGUAUUCGUUUAAAACGUAUUUCACAAGCCGAUGCUGAACGUUAUAUGCCACUAGCAUGGAAUUCAUCAAAUAGUGAUGAUAUUCCAAGAACUCCAAAUAUUUUUGAAACAUUAACUCCAUCCAUAACGAAUCAUAAUGAUGCUGAAACUUCAUCCAAUGAUGACAAGAAAGCCAAAGAAAAAUUACUAGCAUCUGAUAAUGAUCAAGCUAGUAUUUCAUCUCAAACACAUAAAAAUAAUGAAACAUCAACAACAAGUUCAACAUCUGAUGAUGAUGAGGAUUUUAAUAUUAAAAUUCGAACACAAAAAUCUAUAUUAAACAAGACUGAAAGAUCAACAAUUAAAUCACGUAAAAAUACAAACCGUUCUCAUAAAAAACAUGAUAUUAUUAUAAAUUAUAAUCUAUCGUCAACAAUACCAAAUGAAUCAUCAUUAGAUGAGCCACCAUCAGACAAACCAAUAAUAGAAGAACCACCAUUAAAAGAUUCAUUAGCUAUUGCUGAAGAAAUAAGUCCAAUGGAUGAAGAUCAAAUAUUAAAAGAUGUUAUAGAAAAUAAUGAUAAUGAAUCAAUAUUUGCAUCGCUUGAUAUAGCUCAAGAUAAACCAAUGGAAACAAAUCCUAAUGAUAAUAUAGAAGAAGCAUCGAACAAUGAAAUCGAUUCAUCACCAACUGAAGAUUCUCAUGAUGGACCACCAAUUGAAGUUCCAUCAUAUGCUCAUUUGCUUACGCGUUCAAAAUUAUCAUCAGAUUCCGAUGAUGAAAGUUUAAAGAAUAAUGUUAAGAAAAAAUCAUCUGUUAAAGAUAAAAAUCAAUCCAAUAAUGGCAAACGUUCAACACGAUCAUCAUCCAGUUCUGAUACAUCAACAAUUAAAAAGAAAUCAAAACUUACUAUCAAACAACGAGUUGCACUUUCAUCAUUUUCAUCGUCUAGUAAUGAUGACGAUAAGGAUGAAGAUGAUAAUGAUAAAGAAUUGAAGUCAACAGGUAUUGAAGAUGCAUCUAUCGUGUCACCAAAACAUUCAUCAAGUCGAAUUCGAAUUCAACGUUCAUCAUCAUCAUCCGAAGAUUCAAAUAAUAGUAAUAAAAUUUCAACAAAACGUUCCAAAAAACAACGUAAAAAAGCAAGUAUUUCAAGUGAACGUUCAAAUAUUUUAAAACGAAUCAAACGUAAAACAAGAGACAAACACAAUUCAACAUCUAGUCGAUCUGAAGAUAGUACUGAUGAUAAUGACAGUGAUAAUAAGCAAACGAAAACAAAAAAAACUAAAUUAAAAGUUAGUGGUGAUGAAAAUAAUACUACGACAGAUGAUCAAGAUGAUGAAGAAGGAAUCUCUCCAAGUAAACGAAAAAAUGGUCGAAAAAAUAUUCGAAAAAUAAUUGAUGAUAAAGAAUUACAAAUACAAACACAAGAUGCUAUUGAAGCUGAACGUGAACGUCGAAAACGUAUAGAUGAAAAACAAAAAGUCUAUAAUGAUACAUUACUUGAACAAUCAUCUUAUAUGUCAAAUAGUGGAAAUGAUGAAUUAAAUACUUCAAAUAAUCGUUUAAUACUUGAAUUGGAUAAAAAUACAAAUGAAUCUUUAAUUGAAGUUUCACCAAAAUUAGUCGAACAACUUAAACCACAUCAAGUUGAUGGUAUACGAUUUUUAUGGAAUAAUGUUUUUGAAUCGAUUGAUGCUCUAAAAAAUAAAAAACGUAAUGGUAAUGGUUGCAUAUUAGCUCAUUGUAUGGGUUUAGGAAAAACAUUACAAGUUAUUAGUUUUAUUCAUACAGUUUUUAAUUAUGAUAAAAUAACGAAAGUAAAAACAUGUCUUAUUCUUUGUCCAAUUAAUGCUGCUCUUAAUUGGUCAAAUGAAUUUGAUCAUUGGUUAACAGAUAUUGAACCACCUAUUGAUCUUUAUCAAUUAACAACAAUGAAACCAAAUUUACGUGUUUGUCAUUUAAAUUAUUGGCAUGAAAAUGGUGGAGUUGUUAUUAUGGGUUAUGAAAUGUAUAGACGAUUAGCAAAUGGUUUUGGACUUAAAAAUAAAAAACUUAAAGCUGAAGCAUAUAAAUGUCUUGUUGAUCCAGGACCGGAUAUUGUUGUUGCUGAUGAAGGACAUAUUUUAAAAAAUGCUCAAACAGCUCUUGCAAAAUGCUUAUCAAAAAUUAAAACAUCUCGUCGUAUUGUUUUAACUGGUACACCAUUACAAAAUAAUCUUAUUGAAUAUUAUUGUAUGGUAUCAUUUAUUAAACCAAAUUUACUUGGUAGUCAAUCAGAAUAUAUAAAUCGUUUUGUUAAUCCAAUUCAAAAUGGACAACAUCGUGAUUCAAAUGAAGAAGAUGUUCGUUUAAUGAAACGACGUGCAUGUGUUUUACAUGAACUUUUAACUGGUUUUGUUGAUCGAAAAGAUUAUUCAUUAUUAAAAGAAUAUUUACCACCAAAAUUUGAAUAUAUUAUUAAUAUACGAUUAAGUGAUUUACAAUCAAAAUUAUAUGAUAUAUAUUUAAAACAACAAGUUGAUCAAGCACAACGUUCAUCUGUAUUAAAAAAAGAUUUUAAAUCAGCAAAAUUAUUUGCUGAUUAUCAAUAUUUACAAAAAAUAUGGACACAUCCAUAUUUACUUUAUCCACAUUUUAUUGAUCGUUGGAAAAAACGAUUAAAUAAAGAUGAAGAUAGUUUAAUUGAUGAUAAUGAAAUAGAAGCUAUGUUUAUUGAUGAUGAGGAAAAUGUGGAAGAAACGAAAACGAAAAAAUCAAAUGAAAAAGAAAACGAGUUGAAAUCAGAAAGUAACUUUAGUGGUUUUUUAAUUGAUAAUAUUCAAAAUGAAAUGAACGAAAGUAAACCAAUAAUAUCAAAAAUAAUAAAACGUACAAUAUCCAAUUCAUCGACAACAACACUUGAUUCUGAUUCAACAGACGAUAAUGAUAAAGUUAAGAAUGGCAUUGAUUCGGAUUCAAAAUCAACAAAUGGUGAUAAUGAUAUUGAAAUUAUUAAAACUUAUCCAACACGAAGUCGAACAACAAUAAAUAAUAAACCAACAAAAAUCUCUUCAUUGAAAAAUAUUGAUUCGAAUGUAUUCGAUACAGAAAAUAAUCAAAAUUCAAUAGAAGAAAUAAAUAAUAAUGAUAAUGAACAAGAAGAAAAUUCCGAUGAACCAUGGUUAGAUGAAAUGCGUGAACAAUUUUGGUUUCCAUUCUUAGAUAUAUUACCUAAAGAAAGUAAAUUUGAUAUAGAAUUAAGUGGAAAAUUUUUAUUAUUAAAAUUUAUUAUUGAUAAAUGUGCUGAAAUUGGUGAUAAAAUUCUUUUAUUUUCACGUAGUCUAUAUGCAUUAAAUUAUAUUGAAAGUUUUCUAAAACAUUUACAUAUUGAAAAUGAAAAAGAAUAUCAAAAACAAUGUGAAUCACGACGACAAUUACGUAAUAUUCUUUUAUCAAAUGGAGAUAAUGAUAAUGUUACAAACGAAUAUAUACCUGAACCCGUACAAUGGAUACGUGAUCAAGAUUAUUUUCGAAUGGAUGGUCAAACAGAGAUUUUAUCAAGAAAACGUUAUGCUAAAACAUUUAAUGAUCCAUCUAAUUUACGUGCUCGAUUAUUUCUCAUAUCAACAUUAGCUGGUGGUAUUGGAAUUAAUUUAACCGGUAGUAAUCGAGUUAUUGUUUUUGAUGCAAAAUUAAGUGGAAAAUUUUUAUUAUUAAAAUUUAUUAUUGAUAAAUGUGCUGAAAUAGGUGAUAAAAUUCUUUUAUUUUCACGUAGUUUAUAUGCAUUAAAUUAUAUUGAAAGUUUUCUAAAAUAUUUACAUAUUGAAAAUGAAAAAGAAUAUCAAAAACAAUGUGAAUCAAGACGACAAUUACGUGAACUUCUUUCAUCAUCAAAUGAUGAUAAUGAUAAUGUUACAAAUGAACAUAUACCUGAACCAGUACAAUGGAUACGUGAUCAAGAUUAUUUUCGAAUGGAUGGUCAAACAGAAAUUAUAUCAAGAAAACGUUAUGCUAAAGCAUUUAAUGAUUCCUCAAAUUUAUGUGCUCGAUUAUUUCUUAUAUCAACAUUAGCUGGUGGUAUUGGAAUUAAUUUAACUGGUAGUAAUCGUGUUAUUGUUUUUGAUGCAAGUUGGAAUCCAAGUGUGGUCGAUGAUCAUCAAUUAGAUCGUCAUUUUACUCAAAGUGAUAUAAAAGAAUUAUAUAAAUUUAAACCAGAACAAUUACCAGAAGCUCGACCAACAUCAACACUUUUAACAGUAUCAGAUAGAAAUUUUAAUUAUCCAAUACCAAAAGAUCAUCUUUUACUUGAUCUUUUAUAUGAACAUAGUCGUUGGAUACAUUCAUAUUAUUCUCAAGAUUCAUUAUUAGAAAAUAAACUUGAUGAAUGUCUUAGUGCUGAAGAAAGACGUCGAGCUCUUGAAGAAUAUGAAAGUUUAAAACGUUUACCUGAUCAACGUCAAAUAGCUUUGCAACGUUUUCAACAACAACAACAAUUAGCAUCGACACAAGGACGAAGACUUCUUCAACCAAAUCAAAAUUUUCAACAAUUAUAUUCAGAUAUGUAUCAACCACUACAAACUAUUCGUGAACAUAGUUUAGAUUUUGCACAAGUACUUUAA